UUCAAAUUAACGAAAAGAAGAAAAAAAAACAUGUACAAACCGUCAUUAUUUAAUUAAAAUUUCUUUUAACUCGGGUUUAUAUACAAUUUGUAUGUAGAUAACUGUUGAAUGGUGGGGAUUGGGAAGUGGUAAAUACAAGUGUCAGCCAAUAGCGCUUGUCAGUUGCUCCGAAGCGCCACAGAGCAGUGUUUUUUUUCUUUUUUUCUUAUGUGUCAUGUAGUUAGUCGUGUGCGGCGGCCCUGUAUAACGCUAACGAUGACAAAAAUAUUUCUAAUCGUCAUUUCGUUAAUUAUUGGCAUUCAUUGUCAACUGAUAUUCCCUGAUGAAUUCGAAAGAUUCGAAAAAAUCAGUCCACCGAAUGGGAAUCAAAGUCCACCCUUUCCCACAUUUCCCCCAAAUACUUAUCCGAUCAGUGAGGAUAGUUAUACUCCCGUUAUAAAUAACAUUCAACAAGCAAAAAGUAUACAAAUAACGUUAUCAAAAAAUCACAAUAAUAAUAAUAAUAAUAAUAAUGGAUUAUCAAGUUUUGGUUCGUCAAACACGAAUAGGACUGAUGAAAAAAUCUACUGGAACGAUUAUGUUAAUAAUCUCAUAAUUAAAGGAGUAAUGAAGUUUGCUUUGGAUAUGAACCAUGCAAUCGACGCAGAUCAGCAAGAAUUAUCUAUGAGCUUGAAUCGUCAAAAUGUUGUAUUUUCUCCAAUAAGUUUAGUAGCAACACUGGCUAUAGUUUUACUUGGUUCUGCUGGCAAGACUUUUGACCAAGUGGAAAAAAUCCUCGGUCUUUCGUCUGAUAUUGAUAUUUCUAGCCAUUCAGAAAUUGUUCAUGAAAUGUUGGCUUUAUUACUCGCUUCCAUAGAUACCAGAUUACCGAUCAAUGCAACAGGCCCUCAAGUUAAAUUUGCUAAUGGCAUAUUUAUUCAGGCUGGUUAUCCCAUUCGUCCAGAAUUUUUAGCAAUCAGCCAAGGAGUUUAUAAUAAUGAGGCAAUUAAUGUCGACUUUAUGAGACAAUCUGUGACAGCUCAGAGGAUUAUAAACAAUUGGGUAGACAUGAAAACCCAUGGAAAAAUUAAGAAUAUUUUGACACAAGCCCCCAACCCCGAAACUAAGAUUAUUUUCGCAUCUUCUUUAUACUUCAAUGGUGAAUGGAAUAAAUACUUCCUCAACAAAGGCACCAAACGGAAACCAUUUACGUUGGCAUCUGGACAAACCGUUGACGUAGAUAUGAUGUAUAACGGUGGGGAUUUCCCGUUCUAUCGUGAUCAACAAUUGGGCAUAGAAAUUGUAGGACUUCCCUAUAAAAAUAGUGCUCAAAGCCCAGUUGAGCCAACUGAUUUUCGACUUUUUGAAUCAACAAUGUACAUUUUGUUACCAAUAUCUACAGAUCCAAAUGCUCUCAAGACGUUGCAGUCUACAUUGACGCCGGAUCUUGUUGAACAACUCAUAUUGCACAUGGAAAAUGAACAUUGUGUCAUAGGAUUGCCACGGAUGAAAUUGUCAAGUACAUUGCAUCUCAAACGUGCACUUGAGUCAUUGGGUCUGAUUUCACUCUUCCGCUCGGAUCAAGCAAAUCUGGCCCUCCUCUCUGCCGGUCCCAAUCGUCCCAUUCCUAAUAUAAUCCCAACCACAUCGGAUCCAUUAAUCUUUACAAGAAUCAAUAAUGAAGAUCCUCCAGGAACUGCUGAGUUAACAAGUGGCAACUUCACAGGACGAAAUAACUACUUCAAGUAUGAAGAUAAACAAGGCGGAUAUAAAGUACAACAAUGGAAUAAUGGAGUUUUUGUUGAAAAAAUUAUAAAAUCGGAACGCCAAAGAAGACAAUUAUCACCAGAAAGUGUAAAAAAAAAAUCUAGACUUUAUAAGCGACAAAUUAAUCGUCCCAUUGGCAAUGAUUUCAGUAAAUUCAUUGAAAGACAAGGUUUUUCUAAUUAUGGUCUUGAUGCGCUGAGAAAUAAUGCUCAUCUAGUUAAUCCUGGAUUAUAUGCUUCUGAUGUUGUACAUAAAGUUGAAAUUGAUAUAACAGAAACUGGUACGGUUGCUGCAGCUGCUACCAGUGCUACGAUUACACGCACCGCACAUCUCUUUAUAGCCAAUAGACCUUUUAUAUUUUUCAUCAGACAUGGACCAUCACGACUAAUUCUCUUCUGGGGUUCCAUCAAUCAACCCACCCCAAAUUAUUCGAAAUCAUUCAAAUAAUUUUUUUUCUCUUUUGCUCUCUAAUUCAAUUUAUUCCCCCCACAUUUUCCCGUAGGUUAUUAUUAUCAUUGAAUUAUUAUUAUUAUUACUAUUAUGAGAGAAGCAUAUCAACUUAUACGCUAUAUACCAUAUAUAGACAUUAUAUUUUUACUAAUAAAUUUGCCUUCAAGUGGCUACAUAUUUUGCUUGUAAUGUUGCCGUAAAUUUUUAUUAUUUAUUAUGCGGUCAUUGAAUUUUCAUCCACAUACAGAAACAUUUAUCAACAUUAAUAUUUCACUUAUUUAAGACUGAAUUCACUAUUUAAUUUUCAACAAUUCAUUUUGCCUAAUUCCCAAGCAAAUAGAGUUACAAUGAUUGAUUAUAAGAGCUUCAGUGAGUAUAAAUAAAUGAAGAAAACAAAUAAAUAAAUUCCAAAAGAAAAAAGAACAUU